GCGAGAAUAGGAAGUGUCUGUCAGUAGUAGGUGCUUAACAUGGAUAGCUAAGUAGAUAUAUCUGGUUAAUAUAAAUCGAAGGCUAAAGAUUUUGCAUCUCACCGUUAAACUCGGAUGUUCUGAAGUACCAAGAGGUACUCGGCAACCAAUUUUGAGACCGAGGAGUUGCGUCUCUUGCAAAUAUUGCGCUGUUUGGUUGGUCUUUUGUGUGGCUGUGUGACGUCAAUUCAACCAGUUACUACUCUGCUCGUAGCUUCGCAUUGGAAUUUGUUAGCUUGUUUGACAGCUAACGUUACAGUAGCUAAAAUUAAAUAAAUUAUUAAUUAGUUGUUAUCCAGAGAGAAAUCGGCUCCGUUUUGUUGAUUUAUGCUACGUAUCAUAGUGUGACUCAACUGUAACUGAAUGUUUGGUGAUAGAAAUAGCAGCAGCUACAGCUAGCAGAUUGUUAGCUUGUCAACAAUGGGUUAUAAGAGGUAUUUAAAGACGGCAAGAACGUUUUAUUUUUUGACCAUUCUGCUGGUAGUCUUCGUCAAAGGAAUAACAGCUGAUGAAGAGCGACACGGGAAUGACGGACCAGAGCUAAAGUCUUACCAUGACCCAGACUCUGAAGAGGAAGACGUCCGUCUGGCAUCAGGAAUUGUGGCUAGUGCUUCUGUGACCUCUGGUCAUGAAGUCUCCCAACCAGAAGAGGAGAAACAGUCACCUGGGGGUGGACUGGAGGGAGAGGAGAAGGAAGACCUGCCUGAGCAGCCGCCUCCAGUUGAGGAGAAACCUAAAGAGGUUCCUGUGGUGAAUGGAGGUACAGCCCAUGGAGAGCCCUGCAUUUUCCCAUUCCUCUUCCAGGGGAAGGAAUACUUGGACUGUACCACUGAUGGACGGGGGGAUGGACGGCUGUGGUGCGCCACAACCUACGACUAUGACCAGGAGAAGAAGUGGGGUUUCUGUGAGACGGAGGAGCAGGCACAGCAGAGACUGCAGGCAGAGGAGGCUGAGGAGCAGUAUCAGACUGUCCUGCGCAUGCUCAAUGGCACCACCAGGAGGACCCAGAAGAAAGAUUUAUACGAAAAGCUGCUGAAAGUAGCAGAGAAAGGCCACCAGAAAGCCAUGGAGAAGGUGGCGUACGCCAUGCUGUUUGGAGACUACAUGAACCAGAACGUCACCAAGGCCAAAGAAAUGUUUGAGAAGCUUGCCAUAGAGGGCUCGCCUAAAGCUCAGACGGCUCUUGGCUUUCUGUAUGCAGCAGGACUUGGAGUUAACUCAAGUCAGGCUAAGGCCUUGGUUUACUACACCUUCGGCGCACUGGGUGGAAACUUGGUAGCUCAUAUGAUUCUGGGAUACAGAUACUGGGGAGGUGUGGGUGUUCCCCAGAGCUGUGAGUCAGCACUAACACACUAUAGGCUUGUGGCUAAUCAGGUGGCCAGUGAUGUGUCCCUGACAGGGGGCUCAGCGGUGCAGAGGAUCAGGCUGCUGGAUGAGGUGGAGAACCCGGGAUCUACCAGUGGGAUGCUGGAGGAGGACUUGAUCCAGUACUAUCAGUUUCUAGCUGAGAAAGGAGAUGUACAAGCUCAGGUGGGAUUAGGUCAGCUACACCUGCAUGGAGGACGUGGAGUAGAACAGAAUCACCAGAGGGCGUAUGACUACUUCAACCAGGCUGCAAAUGCAGGGAAUACACACGCUAUGGCUUUCCUCGGCAAGAUGUACUCAGAAGGUAGCGAGUUUAUCCCUCAGAACAACGAGACCGCCCUGCAGUACUUCAAGAAGGCCUCUGACUUGGGUAAUCCAGUGGGACAGAGUGGCCUGGGCAUGGCCUAUCUAUAUGGAAGAGGUGUCCCAGUGAACUAUGAGCUGGCACUGAAAUACUUCCAGAAGGCAGCAGAGCAGGGCUGGGUGGAUGGACAACUCCAGCUGGGCACCAUGUAUUACAAUGGCAUUGGUGUGAAGCGCGAUUACAAGCAGGCACUUAAAUUCUUCAACCUGGCCUCACAGGCAGGCCACAUCCUGGCCUUCUACAACUUGGCCCAGAUGCAUGCUACUGGUACUGGUGUGAUGCGCUCCUGCCACACUGCUGUGGAGCUUUUCAAGAACGUGUGUGAGCGCGGUCGAUGGUCAGAGCGUCUCAUGACGGCCUACGGCAGCUUUAAGGAGGGUGAGACAGAUGCUGCACUGGUCCAGUAUCUGCUGCUGGCUGAGCAGGGCUACGAGGUGGCCCAGAGCAACGUGGCCUUCGUUCUCGACCAGAAAGGAGCAAAGAUCUUCAGUGAGAAUGAGACCUACCCUCGUGCUUUGCUCCACUGGACAAGAGCUGCAGCACAAGGUUACACUGUGGCAAGGAUAAAACUAGGGGACUACCACUUCUAUGGCUACGGGACAGAUGUGGACUAUGAGACAGCUGUCAUCCACUACAGGCUGGCAUCAGAGCAGCAGCACAGUGCCCAGGCCAUGUUUAACCUGGGUUACAUGCAUGAGAAAGGCCUAGGCAUCAAACAGGACAUCCAUUUAGCCAAGCGUUUCUAUGAUAUGGCAGCUGAAGCCAGUCCUGAUGCCCAGGUCCCAGUUUUCCUGGCCCUGUGCAAGCUGGGCCUGAUUUACACUCUGCACUACCUGCAGGAUAUUAACUUGAAGGAGCUGAUUUCUCAGGUGGACCUGGACCAACUUUUGGGCCCAGAGUGGGACCUCUACCUCAUGACCGUUAUCGCCCUGCUGUUAGGCACAGUCAUCGCCUACAGACAGCGGCAACACCAAAUCAUAGUUCCCCCUCGCCCACCUGCUCCUGCCCCAGCGCCCCCCCCUAGACCACCUCAGGAACAGUCACAAGCCCAGGCCGAGCCCCAGGAUCAGGGAGAGACACAAGCCCAGGGCCCGGCCCAGGAGGAAGAGGAGCAGCAGUGAGAGGAAGCCAGAUGGAGUGAGGGCAGUAAAAGACAGACAAGAGGCUCUGCCAGCCCGCCUGAUGGAGCAGCUGGCGCUUACCAGCUGAAUACCUGCAAGUUUGAGCACCUCUCCCACUCUGCCCGCUCCCCUCCACAUGCUAAAAGAAGACUGAGAUGGCUGCUGAACUGUGCAGUCUCACAACUCCCUUCCUCCAUUUCAAAUAUGCUGGUCCUGUGCCGAAGAAAGACAGUGGGGGUGUUUAUGGACAGUGUUACAGAACAGAAGAAGACUGUUGAGAGGAUAACACAGACUUGGGACUUGCUAGUCUGUGACUCAGGAUACUGCCAGAAGCACCCGUGUCCUCACCAUGGAAAUAGCCUUGCGGUUGCCAGAUCAAAGGCAUUUUGGACUCAUCAGCAUAGUCAUCAUAGUUGGAAUCUGAUAUGUGCAUUAGUUUCUUCUCACUUACCCUUUUUUGAGAGAAUUACACUCAGUUGAACUGCUUCAGCCCUAAUUUUGAGCCGUAUUUAGAAAAAAAUUCCAGCAGGAAAAUGUGAACUCAAAUAAUUUUAUUUGCUAACCCCGGUCUAGUUGCUAAAGAAAGUAAUGUUUUGGCAUGUUUUCUCUGAUUGUUUUGCAGACUUUAAUUUUAGCCACCUUUUUUCAGAUGCUUAAUGAGUGAACAAAUGUUACAUUCAUUUUUGCAUUUAUUAGUUAUAUGUUUAGUUGAUAUGUCAGGUCAGUGCAUUUGCAUACCUGCAAUUCACAGAGAAAGACAUUCAACAUUAGUGACAGUGCUAAAAUGUACUAAAGCCAUGUUGUGUCAGUAGUAUAAGAACAAGAAACCUGUUAAACGGUUUACUUUAAUUUGAUAGAAAAGCUGGACUGGAUAGAUAAGUUAAGCACAUGAUGAUGUUUUUUUACAUUUUCAACAUGGCAGACACACAGAGAAAGAAUGCUUAGCUGCUGAAGUCAGUCAAACCUAAGCACUGACCGAAAUGAAAGAAAGCAGAGAACAGUUUUUAAAGGUGAUAUUUUUCCAUCAACAGGCUUUGAUUUCAUUCUAGUGGUUGGUUUUUAGAAGGCACUUCAAUAGUUCCCACAUGCCCAGUUUUUUGUUAAGUCUUGUGUUAGCUGAGGCAGAAAUUGGAGCAGCCUUAAAGAUAGCAGCGCCUCAAACUCUGGUUUCUACAUUAGAGGAAGUGUGUGUGUGUGUGUGUGUGUGUGUGUGUGUGUGUGUUUGGUUACACAACUUCAGCUGUUGUGAGAAUUUCCACCCCCUCACCAAAAGUCCAAGUUGGACCUUUGUGCUCCGCCUACAGUUUUCGGCUCAGAUGGACCUAAAUCUGAGAAACGAAGCCACAUGGGUUAGGCCACACAGUAUUUAUCAAAACAAGUUGGUUUUUUUUUCUCUAAUGUCCAUUUGUUCAGUUCCACAAUAUGUGCUUGUUGCUAGAAUUAUUAAUUAGUCAUCUGCCAACACAUCUGCAUGAAGUGUAUGAAGUCAAAAAGGACAGUAAAAUGUUAUUUGCAGGUGGAUAAGAAAUGAUUCCAAACUAUUUCCUGCAGUCACACAUUGAUACCCACACAACUCACAAUUUGUCUAAAAUGAAACACUGGUCAAGAUUGUUGAGAAGACUGCAUUUUUACCAUCGCAAAUACAAGUUUAUAAAGAAAUUAAUAAAUGAUAUAUGGAUAUUUAA